AAGUAGUUCAUUAGGCAUGAGAUUAAUGAAAAAAUAAAUUCAUAAUUAUUAGGUCAGGUAUUUUAAGUCUUAUUAAUGAAAGUAGAACAUUUCUUUUCUUUUCUUUUUUUUCUUUUUUUUUUUCCUUAAAAAUUCGGUGAAAAUCAAUUACUCCACAGUCCAUUUCCAAAGUUGAAAACUUUACUGUCUUCUAUGCUGGGACAGAACAUGAUGCUAAUGCUAUUGCUCUACUCUCUAGGGCUUUUGUUUCAACUUUGAACAUCUGAGGUCAUUUUUAAAGAAAAAGGGAUCGCACAUGCUCAGUACUAACAGUUAAAAGAACUCACUUUGUUCUCAAUCUCUUAAACUGAAAAAAGAAAAAACAAGAAGAAGAAUGAAAGCAACCAAAUGCUGCUAUUCAUUACUCAACUUUAUAAACUAAAGAAAGGUGAGAUGACUCGAACAAACCUCACUUUCAAAACCUUUACAAAACCCCAACCAAUACAAUUCUUGAAAACUACCAGAACCCAGUUUUUACAAUCCCAUGCUACUGCCGUAAACCUGGGUAAACCUUUACAGGAACCUAAAUGCUCAAUUGCGCAGAAUGUAUUUGAUAGAAGUCCGAAACAAGACGUUGUACAGUGUAAUCACUUGCUUUUUGAGUAUUCUCGCAAUAAUUCUCACCAUGAAGUUGUUAAUCUCUUCGUGGCUAUUCAUCGUUCUGAUCUUUUAACUGAUGGGUCUACCCUUUCUUGUGUUCUGAAAGCUUGUGCUUGCUUGUCAUGCAAAAAGUUUGGGAUUCAGGUGCAUGAUUAUUGUGUAAAAUCUGGUUUUUUGGAGGAUAUUAGUGUUGGCACAUCUCUCGUUGACAUGUAUAUGAAGAGUGAGUAUGUUGAAGAAGGGAAGAGAGUUUUUGAUGAAAUGGAAGAGAGGAAUGUUGUGUCAUGGACCUCAUUGCUUGUCGGUUAUGCACAUAACGGAUUGAAUAUGGAGGCAUUGGAAUGCUUCUUUGAAAUGCAAGCAGGAGCCAUUAAGCCUAAUCCAUUUACAUUUGCAACUGUUCUUGGAGCUUUGGCAGAUAGUAAAGCUAUCGCUGACAAAGGAGUUCAAAUUCACACUAUGGUAGUCAAAAACGGGUUUGAAGCAACUAUCUUUGUUUGCAAUUCUUUGAUUAAUAUGUACUCGAAAUCAGGCAUGGUUAAAAAUGCUAAAGCUGUUUUUGAUAAUAUGGUGACAAGGGAUGCUAUCAGUUGGAACAGUAUGGUUGCUGGCUAUGUGGCAAAUGGACUUUAUUUGGAAGCUAUUGAGAUGUUUUACCAUCUGAGACUUGCCGGUGUAAAGCUCACCAAUUUCAUUUUUUCCUCUGUUAUCAAGUCAUGUGCUAAUAUCAAGGAAUUGGGUUUUGCUAGGCAGCUCCAUGGUCAGGUCCUGAAGGGUGGAUUUGAAUAUGAUCACAAUAUUAGAACAGCAUUGAUGGUAGCCUAUAAUAAGGGCAGAGAAAUAGAUGAUGCUUUUAAGAUAUUUUCUAUGAUGUAUGGAAUUCGAAAUGUGGUGUCAUGGACGGCCAUUAUUAGUGGGCAUUUGCAGAAUGGUUUGGCAGAGCAAGCUGUUAAUUUAUUUUGUGAGAUGAGCAGGGAAGGUGUUAGACCAAAUGAUUAUACUUUUUCUACUAUCCUUGCGGCUCAACCAGUUGUUUCGCCUUUUGAAGUACAUGCACAAGUCAUCAAAAGUGAUUAUGAGAAAUCACCUUCAGUUGGAACUGCACUUUUGGAUGCUUAUGUCAAGCUAGGAAAUCUCAAUGAAGCUUCAAAAGUGUUUGAAAGAAUAGAUGACAAGGACAUUGUGGCUUGGUCAGCAAUGGUUGCUGGAUAUGCUCAAACUGGGGAUACUGAGGGAGCUGUUAAGAUACUUAUCCAAAUGGCAAAGAAAGGGGUUGAACCUAACGAGUAUACCUUCUCUAGUGUCAUAAAUGCUUGUACUGCCCCUACAGCGGCAGUAGAACAAGGAAAACAGUUUCAUGCUUGGUCAAUCAAGUCUAGAUUUAAUGAUGCUUUAUGUGUCAGCAGUGCUCUUGUCACCAUGUAUGCAAAGAGAGGAGAGAUAGAGAGUGCAAAUGAAGUUUUCAGGAGACAAGGGGUGAGAGAUUUAGUUUCCUGGAAUUCAAUGGUCUCUGGAUAUGCACAGCAUGGCCAUGCAAGGAAGGCUCUUGAGGUAUUCAAGGAGAUGCAAGACCAAAACCUGGAAUUGGAUGGUGUAACAUUCAUUGGUGUCAUUUCUGCUUGCACACAUGCUGGGCUAGUAGAUGAAGGUCAAAAAUAUUUCGAUAUCAUGGUGGAAGAUCACCACAUUGAGCCGACAAUGGAGCACUAUUCUUGCAUGGUUGAUUUAUAUAGCCGAGCUGGAAUUCUUGGAAAAGCCGUGGAUGUCAUAAAUGAGAUGCCAUUUCCUGCAGGUGCCACUGUAUGGCGAACUCUCUUGGCUGCUUCUCAUGUUUACCGCAAUAUAGAGCUGGGAAAGCUUGCAGCAGAAAAUCUCAUAUCACUCCAGCCACAGGACUCAGCUGCUUAUGUUCUGCUAUCCAAUAUAUACGCUGCAGCUGGAAAUUGGCAAGAAAGAGCUCAAGUAAGGAAAUUGAUGGAUGAGAGAAAAGUGAAAAAAGAAGCUGGGUAUAGCUGGAUUGAGGUGAAAAAAAAGACCUAUUCAUUUUUGGCUGGCGAUAUAUCUCAUCCCAUGUCAGAUGAAAUUUAUUCAAAACUUGAAGAACUAAGCAGCCGACUGAAGGAUGUUGGAUAUCAUCCUGAUACUAAUUAUGUACUUCAGGACGUUGAUGAAGAACACAAGGAAACUAUUCUUUCUCAACACAGUGAGAGGCUGGCUAUUGCUUUUGGAUUGAUUGCUACACCUGCAGGUACUCCUCUCCAGAUUAUGAAGAACCUAAGAGUCUGUGGAGACUGCCACACUGUUAUUAAAUUAAUAUCAAACAUUGAAGAGAGGUAUAUUGUAGUCAGAGAUUCAAACCGCUUUCAUCACUUCAAGGGAGGUUUAUGCUCUUGUGGGGAUUAUUGGUGAGAACUCAUUGAUUUGCCCGUUAAAUUGAAACCUCUGGCGCAAUGCUUAGCACAUCAAAACCGCCCUCAGGAUGUGACCCACAUUGUAGUUAUGUGCUGUAAUAAGUUUAACCGAGUAACACAAUCAGUGUUAUGCAGCUUAUGGAAAAGACUUCUGAAUCGCUCAGCAAUUGAAUUGUUUGGGGUAGAAUUCUUGUAAUGACAAUGAACAUGAUGGCGAUUCAUGUCAAAAAGGGCAUUAAAUCAAGUAUUGAACAUAUAGUGAGAAUCAUAAUUUCAGCAGACAGAGCCUAAUGUAAGAUUGGAGGUUCCAGGAGCAACAUGGUGGGAAAACCGAAUUUGUGCUAAAAGCCUGAAGCAGAAACGGGUAUUGCUUGUUCAAUGGAAGGCUCCAAUCAAUAUCUUAGUUUCAGAGUGAUUACUACAUAGUUUGAGGAGGGACGAACCAAGUAAAAGAAGGAAUAAAAGACCUUCAUAAAUGGUAAUGCCUGGCACGGUAAGAAUGUCAGCAUCAAUGCACAGGUAAACCGACAAGACUUGGCGAUGGGAAGUCGAGCACUCAUAGAAAGCCUCUAGGGAUGCCUUUAGAUCUAAUAACCUCACAUUAGCUGACAUGCCAAUGGUCCAGCUGUGGCCUGUUAUAUACUAUGUUUGUUCUUUGGCGGCCAAUUAUAUCAGUCAGACUCUGAAGAAAGAAUUGCCAAAAGAUUAAAGUGGUUUAUGCAGUGUUGAAUUGUGUUGUAUGUUCAAUAUGUGAUCAAGUCUUGACCAUAACAUUGUAAUACCAUUUAUGCAAAUUAAUUUGGUUCAGUGUCUUUCUUUUUUUAUUAAUUGAUUCAGUUAAUUUGAUUGUUUGUAAAAUCUAUACAAUUUCAUUUGCUUCUGUUAAAAUGAAGUAAUAUGUGAUGAAGUUGUUUUUA